UAUCAAAAUAUUUUAAGUUUUUUAAUAUUAUUGUUAUUAUAGUUAAAAGUAUGAAAAUAUAUAGUAAUGAUAUCAAGGAGUAUAUAAAUCAUGAACGUUGAUACAAGCCAAGAAAAUGAACUUAUUUUUGCAGGCUUCAAUCAAGACCAAGGUUGUUUUGCUUGUGGUAUGCAAAACGGUUUUCGUGUUUUCAAUAGCGAUCCUGUAAAAGAAAAAGAACGACAAGUUUUUGAAAAUGGUGGUAUUGCAUACGUUGAAAUGUUAUUUCGGUCUAAUUAUCUAGCUCUUGUUGGAGGGGGUCAAAACCCUGAGUUUCCUCCUAAUGAAGUAAAAAUAUGGGAUGAUCUAAAAAAUAUAGUUAUAUCACUUGAUUUCUCUAGUGAUGUUAAAGCUGUUAAACUCAGAAGAGACAGAAUUGUUGUUGUACUUGACACCAUGAUUAAAGUAUACACAUUUACUCAAAAUCCUCAGCAACUUAAUGUGUUUGAAACGUGCCCAAAUCCAAAAGGGCUGUGUGUGUUGUGUCCAAGUAGCACAAAUUCCUUGCUUGUUUUUCCUGGAAGGAAACCAGGUCAUGUGAAUAUAGCCGAUCUUGCUAAUACUGAAAAACCUAUAAAUGAAAUAGAGGCUCAUGAAGCCACACUCAGUUGUAUUUCACUUAAUUUACAAGGAACCAGGCUUGCUACUGCCUCAGAAAAAGGUACUUUGAUCCGUGUUUUUGAUACAGCAACUAAUGAACAGUUGCAUGAAUUGAGAAGAGGAGCUGGAAAUGCUACUAUUUAUUGCAUAAAUUUCAGCAGUGACUCUUCACUCCUAUGUGUUUCGAGCGAUCAUGGAACAGUUCAUAUAUUUGCUGUAGAAGAUCCAAGAAAAAACAAAACUUCAAGUUUGUCAUCUUCGUUACUUCCAAAAUACUUCAGUUCGAAAUGGAGUUUCUCUCGAUUCCAGGUGCCAAACGGGGCUCAAUGCAUAUGUGCUUUUGGUUCUGAUAAAAACUCUGUUGUUGCCGUUUGCGCUGACGGAAGCUACUACAAAUUUGUUUUUAACAACCGAGGAGAAUGUUCGCGAGAUGCUUACCAUCAAUUUCUACAAAUGGCAGACAACGAUUGAUUCUUCGUUGUAACGAUUUCUCGUAACUUUUUGAAGCUCUAUACAUAAAGGAACCAAAGGCUUGAUUAUGAAAAUACAUUUUAAGUGGUUCUAAGUCAAAGAGGAUCUCAUUUGUUAUAUGGCUUUGGAUGACCAAUGGUUAUUAAAUAUGUUGCUUGAGAUGACGUAUUUUUUAACUGGAUAUUUUUAUAUGUUUAAUGUUAAUAAAUGACUGCUAUUAAAAUAGAUUUUGCUGAUUAAAAACAUUUUUUUUUAUAUUAUGUUCUGUUUCAUACUUAAAAGAAUUAUAUAUAGCUUAAAAUGUUUUUAAAAAAUUUAAUAUGUAUAGUUUUGUAAUUUUUUCAUUUAUGAGAAAUUAAUAAAGUAUUUUAUUGUUAAAAAGGUUUUGUUAUAAAUCGUUAUUUACUUAAAUUUAGUGAAUUCCAUCUAAUUUACUUAUAUGAGCUCCAUCUAGUAAACUUUUGUGAGCUCCAUCUUAUUUAGUUCUGUGAGCUUUAUCUAAUUUAUUUUUAUGAAUUUCAUUUAAUUUACUAUUGUGAGCUCGUAGAAGGUCAUGAAGUUUACAAAAGUAAAUAAAAUUGAGCUUAUAAAAGUGAAUUAAAUGAAGCUAUAUAGUUUGAUUUUGUUAAAAAUUGAUGUUUUAAAAAAAUUUUAAUGCUUUUUCUAAAAAAAUUUUAAUAUCUUAAUUUUAGAAAAAUAUGUCAGCAAAGCUAGUCUUGAAAAGUCUCCACUUUUCGGUCGGUACUAAUAAUAAAUUACUCGAGAAAAAAAAAUCUGUAAAAUUAAAAAAACUCAAAAGUAAUAAAAAGAAAAAAAGCUUGAAAGCUCCUGAAGAUAUUCUACGAAAAAACCUUAAUCAGUUAUUAAGUGAGCGAGAGAGAAAAUUGAAGAAAUCAAAUCAAAUAAAUUAUGAAAUCAUGUUAUCUCAUAUGCAUAGAGCCGGAAGAAAGACAACUAUUAAAAGAAAAACAAGUGAUUUCGAUGAAAAAGAUUUUGAAUUUGAAGACGAAACAAAUGAUGCAACGGACGAUACAGAAAACGAUGAACUUAGCAAUAACAAAAAACCAAAAAAAAAAGUUUUUACUCGUAAAAAGUGAAUUGUAUAAAAUUCAAGUGAAUUAUAUAAAUUUAAUGUA